GCAGUGGUAGCAUUUCUCUUCGUUACACUCUCGCUUGCGAGUGGUCUGUUGUGGAUCUCUGAAGUCAUUGAAGAGCACUCAAAGACCGCCAAAACAGUAGGUACAAGAGGAAUAUAUGCCAUCAUUUGCCUCCAUGUCCUGCUAUACCUCUCCGACUCGCUCCCGCUCACCCACGUCUUAUUUUCCAUCGCUUGCCACAUCGUUUACCUGCAAAACUUCUCCGCAACAUGGCCCAUUAUUUCGCUCUCAUCUCCGUCUUUCUUGGGAUCGUGCAUUCUCGCCAUAUGUGAUCACUUCCUCUGGUUCUUCUACUUUGCACGAAUAACCCACGAGGCCCGACAACGGCCUCCACCUCACCGAGGCAUGAAGAGCAAACUUCAACUGAACGCUCCAGCAUUUGGAGACAUGGCUACCUUCUUUGGCGUCUGCGUCUGGCUUGCCCCGCUCUUUCUAUUCCUCAGCCUCAGCGCCAACGACAACGCAUUGCCUACCGCCGGGGGCCAAGGAAUACCAUCGACCCCAACAAUUCAGCCACCGACACCAGCAUCAACCGGCGGACGCACCUCGCUUUUCCGCUCUCUCAUGUCUACCCUUCCACGACCAUUGACUAGGCGCGCGUCUUCCCGCCGUCUUACAUCCGACUCUGGCAUCAUCGCACCCUCUUCCCCCAUUAACCGUAGUGCUUCGUUCGGAAGUGCACCGCCAUCUCCAGGGUACGCCAUCAGACCAGGCUCACCAGCACUGAAUGAUAUACCACGGUCUUCGUAUGAGUACGAUGGACAGGGUCCUAGUAGGAAGCAGAGCGAGGAUGGAGUUGGGGCGCCACCACGAAGCCCACAUCUAGGGCAGGCCUUUGCGCUCAGUCCGCCACCAAUGAGGAGGGUUGCCAGUGUGUCGAGUGGAUUGACGAACGGGAACAAUAUCUUGCAAGGAGAGGGCGUUGGCCUUGGUUUGAGUCGACGGAAAUAG